GAUCAUUCCAAUCCCUUGGAUAUCCCAGAUUCCGUGAUAAGUAAAGAAGCGUUUCUUGAAAUUGUUCGUGAUGUCCAACCAUUCAUAAAUCCGUCAUCUAUUACGAUUGAAAUAAAGCUUGCUACUACUUUGAGGUACCUUGCAGAGGGAGGAUUCCAGCGCUCGGUAGGAAAAGACACCGACAUAUCCCUUGCAAGUAGUACCGUGUGCAAAGUCUUACAUGAGGUGCUAAAUGCUUUAGAAAAAGAACUGUGUCCAAAAUGGAUUAAACUACAAAUGAGCGAAGAAGAAAUUAAAAUGUCGAAAGCACAUUUUUUCAACAAUUUUUGUAUUCCCGGAAUAAUCGGUUGUGUGGACGGGACACACAUAAAAAUUACGAAGCCCCACCAAAAUGAGCAUCUGUUUUUUAACAGAAAGGGUUACUUCAGCGUUAAUGCGAUCAUUAUUUGCGAUUACAGAAUGCGUAUAACGCCUGUGGAUGCAUGCCACCCUGGCUCCAGUCAUGACGCCUUUAUAUUUUCAUUAAGUGCUGCCAAACAAUAUCUUUCAUCCAGGUAUGUGGGCGGAGACCAUAGAUCUUGGCUACUAGGAGAUUCAGGAUAUGGCUUGGAACCAUAUUUACUUACCCUUUAUCGUGAUGCAAACGCUGGGUCACCCCAGCACAAAUUCAAUUUACAACACUCCAAGGCAAGAAAUAUCGUUGAGAGAGUAAUCGGAGUCCUCAAGAGCCGCUUUAAAUGUCUUCAAACAACUAUGCCAUAUGUCCCAGAGAAAGUUAUAAAAAUUAUAAAUAUAUGCAGUGCUUUGCACAACAUUUGUCGCCAUUAUAACCUGGAUGUCUUUGCUUUAGAUGUAGUGGACGAUUUUCUGGACGAAGAAGUUGCUGAUCAUAACUGCCGCUGUAUCCAUUCGAGCUGA